UUUACAGAAAAGUGUGUUGCCCCACAAUGAAUAAAACUCUUUAUUCCUGAAAUGAGACACUUGGAAGCCUUUAAAGCUGCUUGUCAUUCCCUUUUAUUUUUAAAGUUUAAAGACCGUUUUACUGAUUUCCGAGUCCGUGUGACUCAUUUUGUCUAGAAAAAGCAUUGAAUGCUGCUCGUCAACGGUACUGGACACAAGUAAAAGCGGGUUGUAAAGUAACGAGUCGAAAAACGGAUCACGCCCCUCGGUCUUUGCAGCUAGAUGAGGUAAACAGAUUCCUCGUCUCGGCCCUAAAAGUUGCUGAAGUGAAACAAAAGUGAAACUUAAAAACCAAGCCGAAUGGGAAGCCGGGAGUGAACCAGGGCAUUGCUGGCGGAGACAUGGAGGACUCCUACUCGUACCCCCUUAUAGUGGAGGGCGACUGGGGCGCAGAUCUGUCCAAAGUCAUUAAAAACAAGCUGCAGAUUUAUUUCCAGAGUAAGAAGAAGUCCGGCGGGGGUGACUGUCAGGUGGAGUACGAGGAUUUGCAGAGACCGAGGGCGACGGUGUGGUUCAAGUCUCAGGACAUCAGGGACAGAGCCCUGGAGAGAGGAAGCCAUGAGCUGGUUAUUGAAGGCCAGAAAGUGACACUGACUGUCAGACUGAAGGAGGAAACAGAAGAGGCGACACCUCCUGUCGAAGGCCCUGCCACCGAGAAAGAGUCUGGUAAACUUCAGGAGCCAGGACUGGAUAAUGCCAACCAGGACGCAGGAGGGGAACAGAGUCUACAGACCUGUUCCGUUGUGCUGGAGAAUGUGCAGGAAAAACUUACAAGGGAAGUCCUGGGAAUGAUGGUGGAGAACAUUUGCAAUUUAUCAGAAGAGAACAGGGACUUCACUCUGGAAAUGAUGUGUGACAUCAAAAAGGCUGUCAUAUCCUUCACAAACAGGAAUGAUGUGGGUCAUUUCCUCAAAGAGUGCAUGAAGAACAAACGGUUUUGCCAGAACAAUCUGCGAGCCCAGCCGCUGGAGCCCAGCAGGAGUGUGAGAGUGGAGAACCUGCCCAGGCAUGUCACCGAGGACCUCCUGGAGCUGUACUUCGAGAAGGAGAAGAAUGGAGGGGGGGCUGUGGACUGCGUUGCGGUGCUGCCCGAGGAGCAGUCAGCCAUUGUCACCUUCCAGGACCCUACAGUUGCUGAAAACGUAAUAAGAAACAGACAUCAGAUCAGUAAAGUGCCCGUCAGUGUGUACCUGUAUUAUGAGUCCCUGGGCACGGCUUUAUAUGGCAAAGACAGACCAGUGUGGAAGCUGCCAGACCCCUUUACUGAAAGCAUUGACCCGGCCCUGUGGAAGUUUCUUCAUACAGGUCAGAAGCAGGUGACAGUCAUCAGCAGUCAGAUGGAGAAGCACUUCUGUGAGGUGGACCUGAGAAGCCCCACUGUGAGGAUCAGCCCAUUAUCAGCCUUGCUGAAGCAAAAAGGUUUGACAGCCAAGCACAUUGAUGCUUGGAAAGAGAAUGCUUCCGCUGCCUUCCGCAAUACCAUGUCCAAGUACAGUUCCUUUGAAUAUCCUGUGAAUCCCUCAGUGUGGAGUGAAUCUGAGAAGGAAAUCCGCAGAGCAGUGACACAGGCAGCAAUCUUGGAGCCUGACAUGACUAAAGAGUCUGUAGCUGUAGCAGGCUUGUCUGAAGAUGCUAACAGACUGAAAGAGAUGCUGGUGGAAAUUGUGGAGAGAAACUCUAAGAGGCUUGAAAGGGAGAAAAACAGCAUAACAGAGCAGGUUGAUGUGGAGCCUGGCAUGUACUACAUCCUGCAGCAAGAUAGACUUCAGGAGACAACAGCUGCCGAGUAUCCAGAACUGAAGCUCACCUACAAACCUGAUGUCAGGAAGCUCAUUCUUUCUGGAUUGGUCUCAGAAGUGUUCAGUGUAAAGAGCAAGAUCCUGGAAGCUGUAAUGCAUAUGAAACACAAGCAGGUAGAGAUUGACCCCAGUGUUACCAGCUUUCUCAGUGAAGUAGACAACAAGGAGCUGUCCUACUCCAUCUUCACUUCACGGGGCAUCAGUGCUGUUUACAAAAUGGAAGAUGGGUGUGUGGAGAUUAUAGGAAACAGUGACAAGGCCCUGGCUGAAGCAGCAAAGCAGCUGCAGGCAGUUCUGGGUUUUCAGCACAUUCAUGUAGAAGACAGAGAUGUGCUGAGGAAACCAGAGUGGCUGAAGUUGGUUAAUGAUUUAAAGACAACUUUCAACUCCCCCCAGAAAACAGUGUUGAUCAGAAGAGUGGAGUCCGAAGGGAAAGACCAAAUUAUAGUUUCUGGCUUUUGCAAUUCAGUGAAGCAGGUACAUGAGAAACUGGCUGAUUUUAUAAACAAAUUUUCACACGUCAAAGAGGUUGUUCCAGUCAAGUCCAGCGCAGUCAUCAAGUUCAUCAUGGAAAAUAAAGCAGAGUUCUGGAAAAACUGUGCCAGCUCACGGCAGGUGGCAACUGACUUCGACCAGAGAAGACCACGGAUCCUUCUGAGUGGGGCAAGGCUUUACGUCCAGGAAGUGAAGACUUUGUUUGAACACCUGGCUGCAGCUCUCCAUACUGACCAGCUAAUGAUUGUCAAACCAGGGGCAAAGAAGUAUUUCCAGGAAAUAGAAAGGAAGAUGUUUGUUUCCAUUGCCUUGAGGGAACACAACUGCGUGGUGUUACUUCAGGAUGACAGGUUCUUGGAAGAAGAGGAAGUGGAUCAGUCUGUUUGUCAGGUGCAGAUGUCUGAUGGAGUAGCAAUUACAGUCUGUAAAGCUGAUAUAUGUCAGUAUCCUGCAGAUGCUGUGGUCAAUGCCUCCAAUGAGAAUCUGCAGCACAUUGGAGGUUUGGCUUUAGCUCUCCUCAAGGCAGCUGGUCAUCAGCUGCAGGACCUCUGUGACCAGCACAUCAGAAGAAACGGACCCCUGAAGCCAGGAGAUGCUGUUAUCACGGAUGCUGGCCGUCUCCCUUGUAAACACGUCAUUCAUGCCGUUGGGCCUCGGUUUGGUGAUACAGACUCUAGAAGAGCAGUUUGUCUUCUCAAAAGGGCUGUGAAAGAAAGCCUGAGACUGGCUGAGACGCACAACUGCUCAUCUAUAGCCAUCCCAGCCAUCAGCUCCGGCAUCUUCGGCUUUCCUCUGGACCUGUGUGCAGAAACGAUUGCUCGGUCCGUGAGGGAGCACUGUCAGGAUUUCUACGGGGAGAACACGCUGAGGAAGAUCCACCUGGUGAAUAACGAUGACAAAACAGUCCGGGCCAUGACAGCUGCUGUGCAGAAGGAGUUUGCUGAUGUGGCCCCACAGCUGAGGAGCCUGCCAGCCAAACCUGCUGAGGAACACAGACGAUUCAGGGGAGGUGAGAGAAGUGUAGAAGUCGAGAGCAGAGGAGCCUUGGAGACUGUCCAGACGAAGGAGGGACUUGCCAUCACCCUCAGGAAAGGGAACAUCCAGGAGGCAUCGACUGAUGUCAUUGUAAAUACCAUUUCUGAGGACCUAGAUCUGAAUAAAGGAGCUGUCUCCAAAGCCAUUUUCCAGGCAGCCGGGCUGGAGCUCCAAACCCUGGUCAAGACAGAGACCGCGGGCGCCCGUUUCGAUCACGGGGAUGUGGUGAUAACAGGGGGCUGCAUGCUGAGGUGUAACAAGGUGUUUCAUGUGAUCUGCCCCUCAUGGGACCAGGGAAGAGGCAAAGCGGAAGAGGUAUUGAAACACCUCAUUAAAGAGUGCCUGAAAGAAGCUGAUAUGCAAAAACAAAAAUCGAUGUCCUUCCCAGCGAUUGGCACAGGCAAUCUGGGAUUCCCGAGAUCUCUAGUGGCCUCAGUGAUGCUGGACCAAGUCCUGAAGUUCAGCAGCAAGUGGAGCCCCAAACAUCUUCAACAAGUUGUUUUUAUAGUGCAUCCCAGCGAUGAGCAGACCGUCAGGGAUUUCACUGCAGAAUUCAGAGGUCAGCCCAAGGGCCAUCGCCCACAACUCCGGCCCUCAGCUGAAGCCCAACAGGAAACUGCUUUCUUCAGCAGGAUCUCGAGCCCCAGUCUGGGAGUUUACAGAAUGACCAUGGGGGGGCUGACGCUGGAGGUCUUGACGGGAGACAUCACGAGAGAGACCACGGAUGUCAUCGUCAACUCAUCCAACAGCACCUUCUCUCUCAAAUCAGGUGUGUCAAAAGCAAUUCUAGACGCAGCGGGCAGAGCCGUGGAAUUGGAAUGUCUCCAGUUGGCAUCCCAGCCGAACGAUGGGCUAAUAAUGACCCAGCCUGGGAACCUCCAGUGUCAACACAUUAUUCACAUUGUUGGACAGAAUGACCCCAAUAACAUCAGGGGCGUGGUGAGGACAGUUCUGCGGGCCUGCGAGGAGCGGAAGUUCCAAUCAGUCGCCUUCCCAGCCCUUGGAACAGGACAAGGAGGUGCAAGUCCUGCUGUAGUUGCAGAUGCAAUGAUAAAUGCUGUGGUCGAUUUCGUGAGUAAGAAGAAUGGAGUAUAUUUAAAACACGUCAGGAUUCUGAUCUUCCAGGCAACGAUGUUGACCGACUUCCAUAAAAGCAUGCAAACUAAAGAAGGCACAGCCCUACCGGAGCAAAAGUCUCUUUUGUCAAGGUUGAAAUCCCUCUUUCUGGGGGAUAACAGUGCAGAAGCAAAACCUCAAGAAGAGUUUGUAAUCGUGGGCGAGGAGAUUGAACCAGCCAUCUUUCAGUUCUGCGCAGAAACGAGCCAUAACCUUGCCAAGGCCAAGGACUGGAUCAAAGAUCUCAUCGUCAAGGAACAAACUGAACGGACCAUCAGCGACAAGUGGAUCGCCUUCUUCUCUGACAGAGAACACCAGAAGAUCCACAGCCUUCAGAAGAGGCUGCAGAUCAGCGCCAAGCUGGAGAGCAGGGGCUCAGACUCUUCCAUCCAGCUGGCGGGGCUGACCAGAGACGUGCUGGACGCCAUCACCGAGAUCCAGGCGAUGAUAAGGAAGAUCGAGACCGAAGAGGUGCAGAAGCGAGAUGCAGUUUUGGUGGGCAGCGUGGUGGAAUGGCAGUACGAGGACAACAAGAGCUUCGUGCCCUUCGACACGCUCACCAACCUCACCCUGGAACAGGCCUUUGGAAGAAAAACCCGACAAGUCAGAAUCAAGAUCAAAAACUACGAUUAUGAAGUGGACCCUCAUCAGUUGGUGGCAGAAGGAAGGGGAAACAAAACAAUUAAAUUAAAAAGAGUCUUACUGACAGAUGACAGUUUGGGAAACCUUCCGAGCCACUGGACUGAUAUGAAGGGGUUACACAAGAUGCAGGUCCAGCUGACAGUUGGCUCUCGGGAGUACCAGGAAGUGGAAAAUGAAUUCCGGAAGACAUGUCCAAACUCUCAGAUUAUUAAGAUUGAAAGAAUUCAGAACAGCAACCUGUGGAAAAGCUACCAGAUCAAAAAGAAGUUUCUGGAAGAGAAGAACUGCCACAGUAACAACGAAAGGCUGCUCUUCCACGGGACCUCCCCAUCCAACCUGGGCCACAUCAACGCUCACGGCUUCAACCGCAGCUACGCAGGGAGAAACGCUGCAGUCAUUGGCAAUGGAACUUACUUCGCAGUCGAUGCCAGUUACUCUGCAAGCAACACUUACUCUGUGCCUGACUCCCUGGGUCAGAAGUUCAUGUACCUGACCAGAGUCCUGACUGGGGACUACACACGGGGCAGCCAAGGUCUGAUUGUCCCUCCUGCCAAGAACUCUACAGACUCUACAGAUUUAUAUGACAGCGUAGUAGACAACACAUCAAAUCCCAGGGUGUUUGUUAUUUUCCAUGAUGUGCAGGCCUAUCCAGAGUAUCUAAUCACAUUCUCCUAAUUGCUGCUAGACUGAUACGUUCUCGGAUUAAUUAUGGAAACUUGGUUUCAUGUGCAGUGAUGUAUGGAAUGGCUAUUAUCAAGAAAGGACAAGGGUGUUAGAGUUGAAGCAAAGAAAUCAAGACAUGAGAUGUUUCUGUGCUAGAGUUUUUGAGAUUGUGUAAAAAGUUUCUGAAUAGUAACAGCAGAUUUGAGGAUGUGUUAUGUACCUAGACCUGAUAUUUUACACAUUUUAAUCAAUUUGUUAGUCAUUCUUUGCUCCUGUGGGAUCUUACAGAUAUAAUUUCCACUUCUUUGGAGUUGCCUAUGAUUCUUGUUUGCUUUGUUUUACUGUUUAAAGUUAUUCAGUCCAGGCAUGGAUACAGUUUGCAGUUUUUGGGGGGAUUAGCAAUACAAAAACACUCUUUAUAUUUGAAGACUUUUAAUUGGCUACACUUCUGUGAAGCCCACAUUCUACUUCUCAAAUAAAUAACUAACAUUAUGUUGAGCAUUAAUGUUUAUACUGAUGGAUAUUAUUAGAAAAUAUCUCAUAUUUACGUAAAGCACAAUGUUCUGUUUAAUAUUUAGGAUAUCCCACUUUGUAAAGCUAAGUGGUUAAAAGCACUUUUUAUAUUAUAAGUUUUGUUUCAAAUAAUUGUAAAAUGAACCAGACACUGAAUCAGUCAGAUCUUCAGUAAUUUAAAAACAAACGUUGAUGGUAAACAAAUACACGUUCUUCAGCAGUCUCAGUGUUUUACAACAGUACACAAUACCUUCCUCUAAAAUGCAAAUAACAAUCAUUGUAUGAUCAUUAGCACUCAAAAACCAACACGUCUUUUUGAGUAAAAAAAAUAUUUUAUGAGGAUUUUUUUUCUUUGAAUAAUUUUACCUCACUGAAAGGUUAGAUUUCUC